CAACACAACACAGACACGAUUGAACCCUAACCCCUUCUUCUUCUUCAUAGCCAUUAACGCAGACAUGAUGAAUAAAGCUCCUCAAUGAACAUGAACUCCUUCUUCUUCUUCAUAGCCACAUCUCGCCGAUUCCAUUGCUGAUUCCCAAUUGAGCUCUCGACCCUCAAAGAGACGAAGAAACAGAGAACCCCAACGUCAAUGACAAACCCAAACAGCAGGUGAGUUGUUAUGUGUACUUUCUUUGUGAAUUUUAAGAAUAAGUAUUUCACAAUAAAUUCACAAAGAAAGCUUUUGCGCUCACUCGGAGCCGGAGCAGAAGAAAGGUUUUGCGUUUCUUCAAUAUAUUAUUAGUUUCUACAACAACAACAACAACAACAACAGCCAUGUCCCUGUUUCGAAUUUAUAAACCUAAGACAUACCCUUCUUCUUCUACUAGGCUAAGGGUUCUGCUAUCCAACCAUUCUUUUUAUGGACUAUUAUAUGACCCUUUGAUUUCCCAGCAUUACCGGUUUUGUCCUACUGCUUCAGAUGUCCCUAACCGUCCAUUUUCCACUUCUGCUUUCACUUUGUUUCACUUAGCUCCUUGUCAAUUUCCCUCACAAGCUCUCAAAUUUAAGGCCUCUGCCACCUUCUAUGGAAGACCCUUUUCUUCUUCAUCAGCACCUAAUGGUGAUGAUGAUCAUGGUGUGUCUAGCUUGACAAUGGUUGAAUCUGAAUCUGAAUGUGAUUUCGAUGCUGAUGUUGGGAAAACAACUGUUGGUGUAGAUGAUGAUGAUGAUGAGAGUUGUAGCACUGUUGGUGAUUCAACCAUGGUUGAAUUGGGAAAUGGUAUCAAUGAAGAGGGUAUUGUUGUUGAUUCUAUGGUGGCUAGCGAUAAUAAUGAUGACGUGGGUUUGGAGAGGUGUGAGGUUCAUUUGAAUGUUGCUUCGCGGGAUCCUGUUGAAGUGUAUCGUGAGUUAAGAAAUGCCGAGAAGGGAGCGAAGCAGACACGGUGUGAUUGGGAGAUAAUGCAACAAGUGCUUAGUUAUUUUGGGAAAUCGGGUUGGGCGUCUAAUCAGGCUCUUGCAAUCUACAUUGGGAUGUCAUUCUUUCCUACUGCAGUGCAAAAGUUCCGGAACUUUUUCUUCAAGAAAUGUUCUGCUGAUGUUUUUAAGUAUGUGGUGUCGCUUGGUCCAUCCGAUGAUGCUGUCAAGUUCUUGUUUCCUAUAUUCGUGGAGUAUUGUUUAGAGGAGUUUCCUGAUGAGAUUAAGCGGUUUCGGGGUAUGAUUGAGUCGGCAGACCUUACCAAGCCCCACACUUGGUUUCCAUUUGCACGGGCCAUGAAACGUAAGAUAGUAUAUCAUUGUGGCCCAACCAAUAGUGGUAAAACUUACAAUGCUCUGCAACGGUUUAUGGAGGCCAAGAAGGGUAUCUAUUGUAGUCCUCUCAGAUUAUUGGCUAUGGAAGUCUUUGACAAGGUGAAUGCACAUGGGGUUUACUGUUCUCUACUUACAGGUCAAGAAAAGAAAUAUGUCCCUUUUUCAAACCAUAUUGCCUGUACUGUGGAAAUGGUGUCGACGGACGAAUUGUAUGAUGUAGCUGUUAUUGAUGAAAUUCAGGUGAUGGCAGACCCAUGUAGGGGUUAUGCUUGGACGCGGGCAUUGCUUGGAUUGAAGGCUGAUGAGAUACAUUUAUGUGGGGAUCCGAGUGUUUUGAGUAUUGUUCGAAAGAUCUGUGCAGAAACUGGGGAUCAGCUGCAUGAACAACAUUAUGACAGGUUUAAGCCAUUGGUGGUUGAAGCCAAGACCCUAUUGGGAGAUCUUAAAAAUGUUCGUUCUGGGGACUGCGUGGUUGCUUUUUCGAGGAGAGAGAUAUUUGAGGUUAAAAUGGCAAUUGAGAAACACACCAAUCACCGCUGUUGUGUAAUUUAUGGUGCUUUGCCACCAGAAACUCGUAGACAGCAAGCUACCUUAUUCAAUGAUCAAGAUAAUGAAUUUGAUGUGCUUGUUGCUAGUGAUGCUGUUGGAAUGGGUUUGAAUCUUAAUAUUAGAAGGGUUAUUUUUUAUAGCCUUUCGAAAUACAAUGGAGACAAGAUUGUUCCAGUUCCAGCAUCGCAGGUGAAACAAAUUGCUGGAAGAGCUGGCCGAAGAGGAAGCCGCUAUCCAGAUGGACUCACAACAACCUUGCAUUUAGAAGAUUUAGACUACUUGAUUGAGUGUUUGAAGCAACCUUUUGUAGAAGUAAGGAAAGUCGGUCUCUUCCCAUUCUUUGAACAGGUUGAACUAUUUGCUGGGCAACUGCCCAAUGUUACAUUCUGCCAUCUACUUGAAAAAUUUGGUGAAAAUUGCCGUCUAGAUGGGUCAUACUUUCUGUGUCGACAUGAUCACAUAAAAAAGGUUGCUAAUAUGUUGGAGAAGGUACAGGGGUUAUCUCUUGAAGAUCGUUUUAACUUUUGUUUUGCCCCAGUUAAUAUAAGAGACCCAAAAGCAAUGUACCAUCUCCUUAGGUUUGCUUCAGCAUACAGUCAGAAUGUUCCUGUCAAUAUUGCAAUGGGCAUGCCAAAGGGUUCUGCUCGAAAUGAUUCAGAGCUCUUGGAUCUUGAGACUAAGCAUCAAGUGUUGUCUAUGUAUAUGUGGUUAUCAAACCACUUCAAGGAGGAAACUUUUCCAUAUGUGAAGAAGGCUGAGGCAAUGGCAACGGACAUUGCUGACUUGUUAGGUCAGUCUCUAACUAAAGCUAAUUGGAAACCAGAAUCAAGGCAGGCUGGGAAACCAAAGCCUCAACGGAAGGAAGAUGGUUAUGAGAGGCCGAGAUCACUUAUCAAAUUAUAUGAGAAGAAUAGGCUUGAAAAGGCUUCACAAAAUAAGCUUUUAGAGAAGGUAGUUGCAUAGUGAUAUUGCAGUUUCAUUGCUCUGCCAGAUUUGCUGGAAUUGUUGAAGGAAAGAUAAUUGCAAACCUACUUAAAUCUUCUAGCGAAGUGUUGGGUUUUGACUAUGGAAGAAAUUGUUAUUGCUUGAACAUCUCCUGGAGCUUGGUGUAACUUAAACGGUUGCUAUAUUUAUCAAAGGUAUGCAACUAUGUGGGUAGACCUGAGGACUCCUUUUAGAAUAGUCAGCACCAUUUGGUUUUUUGGUUGUGUCAAUUGAGAUUUUUGUAUCCUUUAGAGUGGCACACAAAAUUUAGCACUCCCGGUACUUUAAUGAGCCUUGCCUUUUACUUCUAGAUUAUAUUCACAUAUGAAAGUUGUAUGGUGAAAUUUCACACUCAAAAUUGUGUUAACCUUUUUAAAAUUUUGUUC